GAGAAUCUUACUCCCUGCCCGAGGGCUGAAGAUGAGUCACCCCCACUCAAGUUAACAAGGAGGAGGAACAUGUCCGAAUCUGACAAACUGGACAGGGCCAGGAAGUACAAAACUGGUACGUUUGACCUGGAAGCUCAGAUCGCUAGUUUACCAGCCUGCUCCAUUGAUGAUCUCAGCCGACGAAGGUCUAAGUCAUUCUCACUUCGAAAACGCCACCACAGUGAAGGCAGUAAACGCCACUCUUAUGGAGAACUUACAAUAGAACGUGCCUCGAGUCUUUGCGAUGUGAAGAUCUCAACAUUUGCUGGAGGUCGUCUUGAACCAGUGGCUCCAUCUUCUUUGGUGGGCAGUCAGAAGCGCAAGGCCAGGAAGACUUCUAUCACACACUUAGUGCCAUUUGGUCAAACAGAGGAAGAGGAAAGGGAAAAAGAAACCGGGCUGACAAGUAUAUCGUGCAAUCCCAACCAGUCCAUUCUCAAGGUCCCAGGUGCUGGGUUACUGCGUCCUGGUGCUGCACCAUUGGUGGCUAUUCCUGGCGCUAACGACCAGUCACUUCCCUCAGACGAUGCUCUUACAAGUAAGCCAGGCAGCUCUGGAGGAGGAAAAGAAGACUUGACCAUGGUUAAAAUUUCCACGGACAUAACUGAGGUUCACUAGUGCAAGGCUAGAAAAUGAUAUCUUCAUGCAGAGAUAGAGAUUGUCGUCACCUACCAGCUGGGGACUAGUCAACUUAAUUUUGAAGUAUUAGCAGCCUAGUGCAAGGACUUGCGAUAAAUUUUUUAGUAGCAGGUAGAAAUGGGUUGAGUAAUUAAUGAAUUCCUAAAAAAAUAACUAUAAAACCCGCUGCCUAUGAGCCCUUAGGGUAUCUGAAACAUACCCGUCUGUCAGUAAAUGGCCGAAACAUUGUCUGACUAACCUCUGGCAGAUUUCAUUUAGUUUUGUGGCACUCACACUUGCACGAUGAUCUUGUGCAUAUUAUUUCAAUAUCCAUUUUCCCAUUUUAAAAACUUUUUAAACCAAUUUUAGAUAUUUAACACAUGAAUCUUCAGCAUCUUGCCUGGGUGUAGAAUGGUCUGCACAGUUUUUGUUCUCAAAUUUCAGAUCCAUUAAUCUCUGAAAAAGCAUAAAAAGUUUCAGAAUAGUGAACUUCUGAGAAAUUUGACCUUAGGCCAGUUAGCUUUCAUGCAGACCUUUCUCCUCCUGCAAUUUUGAUCAUUUUGAAGGAGAGUUUGCCACACAUAAAUUCUAUAACAUGUAGCGGGGGCAUGAAGGAAUUUCCCCCCUCUGUCUGUGUGUCCAUAUUUGACAAGGGGUAUUUGUCCAGUUCUAGUGGACAGUUCUAGUAGUUUUUAAUAUAAUUGUAAAAAUUCGUCAAGUGUAUGCAGCAGACUGAGCACUUCCUGUAGACAGUUGGUCACAGGUUAGAACUUUUUUUAGACCAGAGAAAGGGACUUAUUAUAUUUAAUCCACAAUUAUGAUAAAUUUAUUAGAGUUGUAAAAUGCUAUUCGGCAACAUGAAGUAAGCUAGUGAACUGCAAAAGACUUGUAUGGCGCAUUUGUGAAAAAUGCAUGAUGGUUAUAAAAAAUGUGAAUACGAAUUUAAUAGAGACACAGUUAUGUCUUACUUUAUACUGAGUAUUAUUACUGAAUAGCUUAAUGCCAUUUGAAAUGAUUAAGACUAUUUAAGAAGGCAUUUUGUUUUUAACAUGAAUGGCAUUUUGUGCCAUUUCAAUGGGAAUUUUAACUGGAAGGGAGAAAAGUAUAAUAGUAUUUCUAGACAACUCUCAUUUUUAAAUAUUCUAAAAUGAAUAUAUGAAAGUAGUAGUUUCAUUGUUUGUUGAUUGUGUACACCUAGCAGAUCAUGUAAUUGUAUUCCUAGUCUUGCUUUCAAGGAUCUUCAAGUAGAUGUCAGUUUCAUUUAUUGGGGCUUAUUUUGUUUCAUUGGCUAAUUAAGUGCAAAUAGUUUAAGUUUUUGUUAAAAUAUCAGGUUCAUUGCUUACAGUAUUUUUCAUUUAUACACAUAUAAAUAGAGCUGUAAUUAAACUAUAAACCUAAUGUAGAUAGAUUUUGAUUAUACCACAUCUCCCUUAGCUUUUACCUUAAACAUUAUCUGUCUUGUUAAAAUUUCAAUAUUUCUACUGAUAUGUUAAUCAGAUUAUGCAAGAAGAAAUUAAGUACUGAAGUGAGCACGAAAUUAUUGCAGCUUUCUUAUGCGUGGCUGGAAUAAGGCAAACUUGAGCAAAAUACAUUGACGUGUUUAGUUCCAGUAACGAGUUUGGAAGCUAUAAAUAUCCUCGAUAACAAAUAAGGACGCAUUCAGAACAAGUUGAUCUGCAGACUAACUGAUCCCCAGAUCAAGUAUGGCUCACCCAGUUGAAAACUUGCUGCAUAAUCCUAUAAUAGACACUUAAUAGAUUCCCCAUGGGGAUUAUGCAGUAAGCUUUGAAGUGGUUCAGGGGAUCUGUUAGUCCACGGAUCAACUUUUGGUUGUGAAUGCAGCCUUAGACACAGAAACCCUGUUUUAAACCACUGACCUUAAUUGAUACUGUACCAAGGUCAUAAGAUAUGAAGACCUGGAUAAUGUGACCUACAUACUUAAUCUAGGUCAUUGAUUAAGCUGAGCGUAUUCAAUAGUGCCAAGUGUCUGUGUAGUAUACAUAUGUACUGGUAGAAGUUCUCUAAACAAGCAGUGAAAGUCUUUGCCUUCCUCAACAUUGAGCAAUUAAGCAAUUAGCUUGAUUUUGGGUAACACUUUGCUUUUGACAAAAUUUGUAUUUUAGGGCUUUUUCUCUUUUACUGUAUAAAUAAUCAUAUUAUAUCUUAAAUAAAGAUAUCUGUCUUCUCAUACAAAAAAAUAUUAUUUUAGUUAAAGGAAUGAAUCGAUGAUUCAUUCAGGCCAGAUUAUUAAUUGAGUCUGUUGCAAAUUGGUAUAUUUAUAUGAACUUGUGCUUUAUCUUGAUGGGUGACGCGAGGGAAGUUUGUCACCUCUAAUUGCUCUACAGGUGAGAUACAGCAACUAAACAAUCAAUAUCAGGAUUUUUUCCCUUUUUUUGGGGGGGGGAGGUAUCAUUAUUGGUUUCUAGCAUAAGUUUUUAACCAGGUAAAAAUCUUUCAAAUCUGAGAGCUCAGGAACCAAACUUCUUCUAGACAAAUGUCCCACAGAAGACAAAAAAAAA